AUGGUACCGUUAUCAACUGCACAUUCAUUGCUCGAACUUUUCCACACUCACUAUGGCCGCUGGGUAAAGUUUCCUGAAGAUAUUUCAAUUUCCGCCUUGCUAUCACACAUAAACAAAUCACCAUUACUUCUCUGCAGUAUCUUCCUAAUCGCAGUUCGACACACAACCCAGGACCUCGCUGACAGACUCGCACCAAAACUCUUCCAGGAGGCGAUGCGCCUUGUCACCUCCUCAUUACUAAUUGUACCACAACCUAUCGAGUUCUUCCAAGCCGUACUCAUCCUAAGUUUAUGGUCAACAACGAUAGGCCAAGUACCGCUGAGUGUUGAUAGCUGGCUAUUAACUGGUUAUGCACUGCAGCAAGCAUUAGCUAGUCCUGAUUUUGUGGAGAUAUUCCGAGCUGGUUCGAAUACUCCUGUGACAAGGCCGCAGCUCGAUGUUUGGUGUUUGUGGAAUCACCUAUGUUUCGCUCAUUUACAAUACUCCGUUGGCACUCGCAGACAGGCAUUGCUCAAUCAAGAACAAAUCAAUCACUGCGUUCGUCUCAUUGGAGCAGACAACGUGACGAAUUAUGAAGCCAGAAUGGUGGCCGAAUCUAGUCUGUAUUGGAUUAUUUAUGGAAAGUGUUCCGGGUCCGAAGUCACCUUGACCGAGGCGAAAGCAGCUUUGCAAACAUGGCAACAGGAGUGGAUGACGUUAUUCGAUCAACCACGCUCACAAUUUCUUCAAAUGGGUUUUCAUUUCGCCCACCUCCUAGCCUAUGGGCAAUUCAUAAGAUCACCUUCACGACGACAAACUGGCCCUUCAGCUGUCAUAGAAACAAUCGUCAUGGAAAUGAUCCAUCAUUCCACAACUAUCAUCAACCUCGCCAUCGAGACUACCGACGAACGAACCCGCCAUCUCACCGACCACAUAUAUCACAUCGUAACUUUUUCCGCCUUGACUCUCUGUCGUCUUGUACACAUCUACGAAGCAAAACUCCAGGCGGCGAAUCACAACGUGGAUGCCCUCGAUGACCUCGUCGUGAAACUCAUCGAUUGGCUAAGAUCUAUCGGUUUGCCAUGCCAUGCUGCCCAUAUGUUGGCCGCUAUCCUUGCAGCGCAGUUUAAUAAGUUGAGACCUACAUAUGUUCGACCGGAUGUUGUGGGAGACAUUGGUUUUUCUACUUUCAGUCAGCAGAAUUUUCUCGGCGAUGAUGGGAUAUUGAGCUCCGAAUUCAUUGGCUCCGAGUUUUUCAAUAUUGCUAUAGAUGCGACGCCUUGGCCACAAUGGGAACCGAGAUAUACAGAUGAUGAAUUAUGA